AUGGUCUUUCUCCUCUUCCCCCGUCGUGUUGGGUACCUCUUGGUCUUUGUUGUAGUCUUCUUCCUCUGUUUCGUCCGAUUCACCACGAAGGAGGUGUCUGACCAGGUUGCUAACGGUUACCGCAUGCCGUGUCCGUCCAAGUGUCCGGAGUUUCUGUAUGAAACCAUGAGGGAGUGUUGGAGCUCAGACCCAGACAGCAGACCCUCAUUCAGGGCCCUCAAGCAGCGGCUGGAAAACAGCAUCGACGACAGGGGUCAGUGUAGCCUCCUCCUCCAGCAGGGGUCAGUGUGUAGCCUCCUCCUCCAGCAGGGGUCAGUGUUGCCUCCUCCUCCAGCAGGGGUCAGUGUUGCCUCCUCCUCCAGCAGGGGUCAGUGUUGCCUCCUCCUCCAGCAGGGGUCAGUGUUGCCUCCUCCUCCAGCAGGGGUCAGUGUAGCCUCCUCCACCAGCAGGGGUCAGUGUAGCCUCCUCCACCAGCAGGGGUCAGUGUUGCCUCCUCCUCCAGCAGGGGUCAGUGUUGCCUCCUCCUCCAGCAGGGGUCAGUGUAGCCUCCUCCUCCAGCAGGGGUCAGUGUUGCCUCCUCCACCAGCAGGGGUCAGUGUUGCCUCCUCCUCCAGCAGGGGUCAGUGUUUCCUCCUCCUCCAGCAGGGGUCAGUGUUUCCUCCUCCUCCAGCAGGGGUCAGUGUUUCCUCCUCCUCCAGCAGGGGUCAGUGUUUCCUCCUCCUCCAGCAGGGGUCAGUGUUUCCUCCUCCUCCAGCAGGGGUCAGUGUUUCCUCCUCCUCCAGCAGGGGUCAGUGUAGCCUCCUCCACCAGCAGGGGUCAGUGUUUCCUCCUCCUCCAGCAGGGGGAGCAGCACACUUCCACACGGGCUCUCUCCGCUCUCUCCUCCCGCUCACGGACAGCAGCAGCCCCCCCGCAGCAGACACACACCCCCAGGACCCCCAGGACCCGGCCUCACCUCCUCCUGCGCCAAACGAGCUCUGGGUUUGCGUCAUUUUCACUUUUCUCUGCGCUGAAGCCAUGGACCCUGCCAGCCAAGACAUCAACCUGAACUCCCCUAACAAGGGUCUGGGUGCAGACGGAGAGCCCGGCCUGGGGGAGGUGCCUGUGGAGGGGGCCCUGGGCAGCCCCCACCCCCUGCCUCCUGGACUCACAGAGGAGGAGGCUGAGGAGCUGAGGACGGAGCUCUGCAAGGUGGAGGAGGAGAUCUCCACGCUGAGGCAGGUGUUGUCGGCCAAAGAGCGCCACUCCACAGAGCUGAAGAGGAAGCUGGGCCUGAGUCCUCUGGUGGAGCUCAGACAGAACCUGAGCAAGACCCUGCAGGACGUGCAGACCUCCAACGCGGAGCACAGGGACCGCACUGUCAGGGAGCACAGGGACCGCACUGUCAGGGAGCACAGGGACCGCACUGUCAGGGAGCACAGGGACCGCACUGUCAGGGAGCACAGGGACCGCACUGUCAGGGAGCACAGGGACCGCACUGUCAGGGAGCACAGGGACCGCACUGUCAGGGAGCACAGGGACCGCACUGUCAGGGAGCACAGGGACCGCACUGUCAGGGAGCACAGGGACCGCACUGUCAGGGAGCACAGGGACCGCACUGUCAGGGAGCACAGGGACCGCACUGUCAGGGAGCACAGGGACCACACAUCAGGGAGCACAGGGACCACAGGGACCGCACUGGAGCACAGGGACCACAGGGACCGCACUGUCAGGAACACAGGGACCACACAUCAGGGAGCACAGGGACCGUACUGUCAGGGAGCACAGGGAACACAGGGAGCACAGGGUCCGCACUGUCAGGGAGCACAGGGACCACGCAUCAGGGAGCACAGGGACCACGCAUCAGCGAGCACAGGGACCGCACAUCAGGGACCACACUGUCAGGGAGCACAGGGACCACGCAUCAGGGAGCACAGGGAUCACGCAUCAGGGAGCACAGGGACCACGCAUCAGGGACCUCAGGGACCACACAUCAGGGAGCACAGGGACCGCACAUCAGGGAUCACGCAUCAGGGAGCACAGGGACCACGCAUCAGGGACCUCAGGGACCACACAUCAGGGAGCACAGGGAUCACACUGCAAAAAGUCCCUUGA